AUGCCUGAAAGAGGCUACAUCUUCGAUCGCAGAGCAAAGGCUUUUCUGCUGGGAUGGCUUCUGGCUACGGCAUGGCAGUGCGGUGCGCGCAGACACACAGAGUCAGAUGACUCAGAGUCGUCUCUGCUACAAACAGUGGCUCUGGCGCACUCAACUGGCCCCCAAAGAGUCGGAUCUGCCAUGACAAACUUCUCCUUCGAUGCUGCCAUCAACUCGACCCAGAAUGUCGGCAACAAGAUGAAGCAGCUUUUUUGGGCUGGGAAGCUGGGGAGAAGUGGCUCGUACGUUCUGGAAUCAUCGGGUCUGCAACAGUCGACAGGGACCAAUGUGUCCAACGAGAAGUCCAGCUGGCUUGAACGGUCUGCAGGCUUGAUAGGUGCCAUGGUAGCGACCGUCUCCAUCACAAUGGCAGACAUUCUCUGGAUGAUUCCCUACAUCACCAACGAAGUCACAGGACGUUGGAACUCGCUGUUCUUCGUGGCGCUGCUCCAAGUCUUGGCCACCCUCUCUAUCCUGCUGGCGGAUGAGGAGGACCAGAGCUUGAAGCGCGACUCCCAUGCACAGAGGUGGAUCGACGUCGCCAGCGCCGCGCUUCUCUGGCUCUAUGCUUUCUACCUGUACCUGGAUGAGCAUGUCUUCCAGAAGAUGCCGCCGGUGCCGGAGGCCACCCCCGAAAGCGAAGCGCUCGACGAGACGAGCUGUGACGCAGCUCGUGGUGCGACAAAGUACAGCAGAGGUUCCUUUGUCGUUCUCGCCCUUCUGAACUCGGUGGACCAGGUGAUCGUCUUUGUGCCUUUGGUCUCCACCGGCAUGGUGACGGCCAUGGAGCUUCAGGUGGGCGUCCUCAUCAGCUCCACUUUGUCAAUUGCAGCAUGCAUUACGGCGGGGCAGCUGACGUGCGUGGUGGACACCAUCAAUGCCAUCCCGCUCUGGUUGCUGGUGACCUUCGUCGGGAUCGGUGCUUUUGUUGGUGGCUUCAUAUCGGCCUGA